GGCACAAUUGGCUGUUUUAUGGCUAUAUCAUUGGCUGAACUGGAGAGCCUCUUUCAGCUUGGGUCUCAGAGAAUUCAACUAUUAAGCAAAGGAGGUCUGGCAUCAUGAAAUCCAAAAACAAAGAUCGUCAUCGACGUUUCCAUAGAAAGCCUUCAUCAACACUAGAAGAAAAGAAAAUACGCCCAAAUGGUUAUGUCCGACACAAUGCAUAGUUCUUCUUCAUCAAGCGCUCUUCGCCCACGACAGAGGACUUUUACCUCUUGUACAGAGUGCAGGAGAAGGAAACAAAAGUGUAAUCAGGCCAAAGAUCGACCAUGUUCCAACUGUGCAAGGCGCUACCCGCCUCCAGUUUGUACCUACCAAAGUUCAAGGUCAGAACACCAUCGCUACUGCUUCAACCCUGCAUCGUAAUGCUGACACAAACUCUAGUUCAAGUGAUCACGUCUUGGAUUCGCGUGAUGCUGAUAGAAAUGCUGUCCGGUCAAAUCAACCUAGUCGAUCAAAUGCUCCUCUGGACCCAUCAAUGACACCAGCAUCGCAGUAUUAUGGCGGUCAUUCGGCUGCGGUUAUCUCGCCUGGAGGCCAGUACCCUUACAACACCACACCCGAUUACAACACACCAUCACCUUCAGCAAGAAGCGAUGGACGCUACUACUCGGGAAAUUCUUCAAGCCAUCAAAUCGACAAUUCCUCAACCAGCGGGGACUAUUACCCGACCACGGCUGGAUACUACCCGGCGGAUAUUGGUCAUAGUUCUGCCGAUACAUCUCAAGACUAUUCAUAUCUUGCCCCCUCAGAUCAAGACCAAUGGUUGACGGGUAGCAAUGCGGACGUGUUUGUAGGAACUGGUACAAACGAAUAUUAUUACGUGGAUGAUGCAGAAGCGUCCCGUUCCGCGAGAAAUUAA